AUGAACAUAAAAACAUUUACCACAGUAAUUCCUGCUUUUUUAAAAAUUUUCGAUAAAAAAAGUAAAAAAUUAACUUUACAAAAUCUAAACAUCACAACAACCACACUAAACAACACACAAACCCACAGUACUAAAAUUAAAAUAAAAAACACACACCCAGCCUUUAAGACCUUCAACAACACUAUCAACAAAGAACCUACAACACAAACAACACUAACAACAACUUUAAAAAUAGUGAAAAUAUACCAUAAAAGUUACAUACUUAACAACCACAAAAUUGUAAUAAAGUUAGGACACUUCAAAACCACAGUCAUCAACCUGCCAAAAAACAACAAACAAACAACAGCAACAAUAACCCAAAACGGACAUUUAAUAAAUAUACAUACAAACAACUACAAAAACUUAACCCAACUUACAGCAAUAAUAAAAAACAUAGAAAAACCAAACAUAUAUACAGGAAGGGGUAUAUAUCAUAUAAACGAAAACAUAAAACUAAAAGAGCACAAAACAUACUAA